AUGACAGAACUAUAUUUCCUACGUCAUGCCGAACGAAUAGAUCAUGCAUUAAAACAAAAUCCAGAAGCUAAACCCAUAAUACCAGAUUAUCAACCAUAUGAUCCUUCAUUAGCAGAAUCAGGAAUAGAUCAAAUUAAAACAGUAGUAGAUGAUAUUUGUUCAACAACUAAUACUUUUCAAGAUAAAGAAAAUUCAUUAAGGAAAAAUGUAUUCAUUCAUUUUAGUCCUUAUUUGAGAUGUUGUCAAACAGCUGAUAUUUUAAUAACUGAACUAAAAUCAAAAUUUAGUGAAUUAUUCCCCAAUUAUAAAGUAAGGUUUCAGCUAUUAGGAGAUUUUGCACUAAGUGAAUGGGUUCAUGACAAAAUGGAGAAUAAACCACCAUUUAUUGAUUCAAACGAUGCAUAUAACAUGUAUACUCCUAACCUUAAAACGUUAAAGAAUAAAAAUGCAUGUUCAAAUUUUAGACCAACUAUUUCAUUAGGUCAAUAUAAUGGUCCUGAUUUAAGUUAUACAGAUUAUCAAGCAAGAAGUAAAGAAUAUUUUCAAAAAUUAUUAGCAACUUAUGAUAAGCCUUCAUAUAUCAAAAACCAAGAUAUCAUAAUAAUAGUAUCUCAUGGAUAUAUGAUAAAUAAUUUUAUGUCAUAUUUUAUUAAUCAUCCUAUAUUUGAAGAAAUUCCAAGCGCUACUAUAAAUUUUGCCAAAAGGAUAGAAAAAGAUGAAAUAGAAGAUAUAGAAGAUGAAUAUGAUCCGAAAAAUUUUUAUUGGAAAAUGGAACAAGAUGCUUUAAAUAUUACAAAAGAAGAGGGCGUUGAUACUGUUUUAAACUUAGAAAGUGAUAUUGUAUAUUAUAAAACUAAUUUUAUCAAAAAAAAUGAAUUACUAAAUAAACCAAAAGAAGAACAUAUAAAAGACGAAUAUAAACCUAGAGCUUCAUUCAAAAUUGAAUCAACUUCAGCGUCUAAAAGUGCUGAUGGAAAACCACCAAUACGAAAUAAUUAUUUAUGUCCAGCUGCAAAAGAUUGGGUACCGAAUAAAAGACAUUUUAAUAUUAAAGCUGAAUUCAAGGAAAAAGUAAUGAAUGAUGAAUCAUUUAGAAGAAAUUUUGAUAUAACACAUCCACCUUCAAAACAAAUUAGUCCUGAUGUUUCACCAAAUUCAGCACCCACCAGAUCCAACUCAGUUAUCGAUUUAUCAAAAAUAUUAAGUAACGAGUCAGUACAACCAAUAAAAUUAAAAUAUUCAAAUACUUCUGAAAUCCCUAUACAUAAAAUAAAUUCUAGAGUUAAUUCACAAGUUAAUUUAGCUCAAUUCAAUAGAUCGGCAAAUUCAUCUGCAGAAAAUUCCACAACAGACUUACCAAAAUAUGUAUCACAAUUACAAAAUAGACAUAGAUCAAGUUCAAAUCCAAAUUCAUCAGUUUAUGUUGCUCAUCAUACAAAAGAUUCUUAUUUCCCACAAGUAAUUAAUAGAGUAAGAUCAAACGAAUCAGACAUGUCAAUCGAUUCAAUUGGUGAUGGUGUAGUGGAUGAAAUGGAUAUUAUAAAGGAGAAUGAACCAAGUUCUCUAUCUAUGUCCAUAGCAGCUGCAGCAUCAGCUUCUGCAUCAGCAUCAGUUUCAGCCGCCGCUGCUGCUUCUGCAAUCCCCACGACAAGAGCAUCACCAAUGGAUACUUUAAAUAGAGCAAGAUCAUUAAAUAAAAAGAGACCAAAUAAUCCUUUAUUUUCAUCAACUUUUCAACAAAAACGAUCUCAGAAUCAAUUACCAACUUUUGGAAAAUUAAUAUCAAAUUCAAAUCAUAGUAAUGAUGUUAGUGAAAGUAGUGAUGAAUCUGAAAGUGAUCAUGAACCAGGUGAAGAUAUAAGUGAUAAUAAUAGUAAUCAUCGUAGUUCAAAAGAAAAUAUUCUGUUAGCUUUCAAAUCCAAUAAUCAUCAUCAUAAUAAUCACAAAGCUAAUCAUAAUUAUAGUCCAGGACGUGAAAUUUCCGGUUCGAAUUCUCCAGAAUCUGUAUCACCACCAAGAGCAAAACAUAAUAGAUCAAGAAAAAAUUCAAUACAAUUCUAUUCAACUUUAUCAAAUGGACAAAAUGGAUCAUCGGCAACGUCUCAUCAAUCACAACAACAGCAACAACAUCAAAAGCCUAGACCUAUAUUUUAUAAUUUCGAUACUGAUGGUGAUGAUGAUGAUGAUGAUGAAAGUGGGAGUGAUGAUAGUAUGUCUGACGGUUAUAGUUCUUCAUCCAACUUUAAAACUAAAAAGAAAGAUAAAGAUGAUUAUUUUUGGUUUGGUCAAAAUAAAUAG